AUUAAUUCUUUCAUUUCAAACGGAAGUUCGUUAUUUGCUUUUUGGAGAAAAGGCGGUUCUGUUCUUUUUUUUUUUUUUUUUCACUCAGCAUCAGAACCUCACACUUCACUCCAGUCGUCGCCUCAUCCACGCUGAGGACUUGUCUCCUCUGUAGACCUGGACCCUGUUGGACCUGAAGGGACAGACUCUCUCAGCUCUCAGGAUUAUGCUGCUGUGRUCACAGACAGAAGGGACAAGCUGCCAGGCUAAACUUCAGACCUGCUGAGCUUCACACAGGAAGACAGAGCAACACUUGUGAUCUUCAUCUUCUCCCUCCUCCUCCUCCUCCUCCUCCUCCUCUGAAGUGACACAGCUGCUCCUGAUGGAGGCCAGAGGGAAGUACGAGUUCACAGCCAGCGCUGACGACGAGCUCAGCUUCAGAAAGGGCGACAUCCUGAAGGUGUUGGGCUUCGAGGAAGACUGGUGUAAAGCUGAGAUUAACGGACAGGAAGGCUUCAUACCAAAGAACUACAUCGAGCUGCAGGUCCCACAGUGGUUUCGGGAGAACAUCAGCCGAACGGCUGCAGAGGAGCUCCUGAGGCACAACUCCUUGGGGGACUUUGUGAUCCGAGGCUGUCAGAGCUCCCCUGGAGAUUACUCCAUCUCUGUCAAACAUGAGAACGACGUCCAGCACUUCAAAGUGAUGAGGGACAAUAAAGGCCAGUACUUCCUGUGGUCCGAAAAGUUCACCUCCAUAAACAAGAUGGUGGAGUUCUACAAAACCACGUCCAUCUCCAGAACCAGACAGAUCUUCCUCAGAGARGGCAGCGAAGACAGCCGGAGCUCCACCUCGGCCCAGGUGAAGAGAGGAAGUCUGCCCGAACAGCGUGUCACAGCUGCGGCCGUCGUGGCCUCGCCUCGCAGGGCUUCAGACCAGACCAAUAAAAGAUCAGGUCUGGAGGAGCGAGCUCACACCAUCGGACACACGGGCAGAUGCAGCCCCGUCAGCUCUGCUUGUCCUCCCCGCCGCACCUCAGAGACCAUGCCUCUGCCUCAGCGGGCGUCCACCAAUAAGAGUUUGCUUCCCUCCACGGUGCAGGUGAAGGCGCUCUACGACUUCAAAGCAGAGGAAGGGGACGAGCUGGAGUUUUUCGCCGGCGACAUCAUCGAGGUGCUGGAUCGCUCCGACCGCGCCUGGUGGACGGGGAGGCUGCGGGGGAAAAGCGGCUUGUUUCCUGCAAAUUACACAAUACAGCUGUGAGGAAACACAAUGGUGCUUUUUACUACACACAACCGCCCCGCCGGUGCACGAGUCCACUGCAGAGGACUGUACGAAGAGCCACCCCCACACAGCAGCGGGGCUCCUUCAGCUCAGAACAUUUCUUUACAGAGGAGCCUCCUGAACAGGAAGUGCUGCAGGUGGCACAGGUGGAAUGUUUUUUUUUUACUGUUUUUUACGACGCGUGUGCCGGCAGUAAUCUUUCAGAUGUUGCUGGCCAAGCUGCUGAMGAAUUUACUCUUAAUGCUCAUUUGUUUCCGUUCUCACAGCAAAAGCACAGAUCUGUAACUUCCUGCAGCUUUCUGACUUUUAAAAUAAUAUUUUUAUCACUUAUUUCACAUUUAAAUCCGAUGAUGGGAAACGACUGAAAAACAACUUCCUUCAUCACGUUUAAUUUUCGUAUUUAUUUAGGGUCUUCUGUUUUGUGUUACUUUUUGUAUUUUUAUGUUAUUUUGUUCCGUGACGAGUCAGAAAAGCUGAAAGCUAAAAUGAGAAGAUUUGUUCUUUAAAGCUGUUGAGCCACCUGUAACAGGUGAUGCUGCACCUAAA